CUUCCUGUUCUUUGAGCUCCUUGGGCAGCAGGUUAAGAAUCCCCAAAUUCAGGCCCUAGGACCCCGGGCCACCCGCCUGCCGGCCUUCCUCGAUGGAGCAGCGUCUGCCCCCCUUUCCGGGGUACCCUGGGGUGUGGCCCUGAUUCUGGCAUCCGAGGAGACCUUGAGCGUCCUGAGCAGUGUCAGGAAGCAGUCUCAGAUUUGGCGGGGGCUAGUCACACACCGCAGCCAUGUUCCUGCGACGGCUUGGUGGCUGGCUACCUCGACCUUGGGGCCGCAAGAAACCGACGAAGCCUGCCCCACCUGUCCCAGAAUCCAGAUGGCUGGACACCUCCCCUGAGAAUUCAGAGAGUGACUGGGACAGUGCCCCAGAGACAAUGGGAGACUUGGGGCCUCUCAAGACCAAGGACUCGGGGACACUGAGGAGCCCUGGGGCUGCCCCUGAGCCAAGCAGAGAGGCCCAAAUGGAGCACCUGGGGUUCAGAAGAAUGGAGUCCUUCAAGCGGGACAAGACUGUCUCUAGCAUUCAAGAGUCUAGGAGACUACAGACUGGGGGAACGCUUCCAAAAACAGGAUGGGAUCCUGUGGACUCAGAGGGCACCAAGAGCCCUGGAGUGUCCCUCAAAGGGGAACUGGGUACCCACGGGCCAGAAGUCCCCAUUGAGAAACCUAGCAAGCGUCAGAGGCUGCUGGGCUGGCUACGUGGGGAGCCAGGGGCUCCCCCACAUUACCUGAGGGACCCGGAGGAGGACCUGCAGAUCUCCACCAACCUGACCCUGCACCUACUGGAGCUGCUGGCCUCUGCCCUGCUGGCGCUGUGCUCGAGGCCUCUUCGAGCAAUCUUGGACGCAUUGGGCCUUCGAGGACCCCUGGGCCUCUGGCUACAUGGGCUGCUGUGCUUCCUGGCCGCCCUGCAUGGGCUUCAUGCUGUGCUGAGCCUCCUUACCACCCACCCCCUGCACUUUGCCUGCCUCUUUGGCCUCUUGCAGGCCCUGGUGCUGGCUGUCAGCCUCCGGGAACCUAGUGAAGUUGAGGAGGCCACUAAUUUGGAGGGUGAGAGGCCGAGAAGGGGAGCAGAGGGGCAGAGGGAAGGUCCAGGAAAGGAGCUGUGAGUGUGGCCGAAUGGGGCCGGAGGGUGAAGAUAGUGUGGCCUUUAGGAGGAAAGUGGGGAAACCCAGACUGUAGCACAGGGACCUCAGGGAUGGGGAAGACACUCGAGAAAGCACAGGAACCCCUUCAUACAAGUGAGGGACAGUGCUGUCUGCUUAGGGUGUCUAAUAGUGGACAGCGAGGCCUUGACCUUGGAGUCACCACCUGUUACAUUUUUGCUUCUACAUUGCUCUUCCUAUGGUUUUAUUUCCACCUCCAGUCUCCCCUCACCUCCAC